CAGGAUUCUCUAUCUGAAGAUGAAGUUGUCAUGCAGCCGAAGACCAAAAAGGCCAAACGUCGCAGUUCCCCCCAAAAAUUAUUGUCACCAACGGGAGCAUCAUUAAUCACAAAAUUGAAAGAGGAGAACAAAUUGGCUAAGAUGAAAAUACAACGCCUGGAGGAGCGGGUGAAGCACCUGGAAGAGGCUAACAUCGAUCUCAAAAAGGACAAAGAUUUUCUGCUUAGUAGAUUUGACGAGAAGCCAGGUCCUUCUCACAAGAGUGCAAAGAAAGAAGUCAUCUCUACCUCCUCUGAAACACCCUCAGCCUCAUCCUCUGAUGAGAAGACCAAGAAGCCAAUGAAAACCUUAGAGCCACACAGUCGCUCAAGGAUGACAACCAUCGAUGGCGUGGUGCGGCGCUACAUGAGGGCUCUCAAGAGCUUCAAAAAAACUGGAUCCAUGAAGCGAGCCUUUGAGCAUUUGGGGGUGGACCGGAACACCAUAGCAAGGACCGCCCCAAUCGCUGAGGUCCACAUCAUUUUCCCAGACAUAUUUGAGGGUUUGAGUAAAGAUAGCCAUGACAAAAUCUCCACCUUCACAGAGAGGUGCAGGGAAGCCAUAACAGCAGAAAUGGCGAGCACACUGACGCACAAAAAAAAUGCAGGUGAACUACUGCCGAUCACUUACAAAAUGACCUAAUCAUUAGACA